AUGGGCCAGAUUGAGAAGGGCGGUAUGAGGGUGAGACUUGGCGUUGGUGUUUUGAAACAUCAAAGAUGGACAGGGUUUUCGCGGAGGUCACUCCUCAGAUAUCUUCACAACUACAGGUCGGGGAUCUUCCAAAAUCGAGAAGAUUGGUGCAUAUGGCUAGGUCACUUCACCUUACAAUUUGUAUGGCACUCUGGCCCGGGGUUGUGGAGCUUCGAACAACGUCCGGUUCACAUUUGGCUGGAUAACUCCACCACCACACAGGGUAUGCGGUCGGCGAUGAGGUCAGAAUGCUCGUAUGAUCGAGGGCUUUUCAAUGAAUCUAUCGGCGGGUUCUUAUUCGAAAAAUCGAGCGAGUUCGUGGUGAAGCGGUUGAGUUAG